CAUUAGUGUAAAUUAGUUUGCAUAUAAACAUUUCUUCAAAAACUAACAGUCAACAUAAUAUGAUAAGUCUGUUUUCUUGUUCAUUGUUGUAAUAAACCUUUUGAAGUCUAAUAUAUUAUAUAUUUAUAAUUAACUACUGUACUGUAAGUAACAUCAUGAAAGGUUUUAUUUUAAUAUUGGUACACGUUUCUUUGUAUUUGCAAAAAUCUUCUUCAAGUGAUAUUUUGGGCUGCGGUGGUUUUAUAAAAAGUCAUGUGCUGAUUGAUUUUACCAAAGUACAAGUUAAACUAUUCACAAAACAAGGAAUAUUGAAAGAGAAGACUAGCUGUGCUCCUAAUAAUGGAUAUUAUUUUAUUCCCAUCUAUGACAAAGGGGAUUAUAUGAUAAUGCUUGAUCCGCCUGUUGGAUGGAGUUUUACUCCUUCAAAAGUAAAUUUAAUAAUUGAUGGAGUUUCAGAUUUAUGCACUCAAGGAAAGGAUAUUAAUUUUGUAUUCAAAGGUUUUGGUAUAACUGGCAAGGUUGAAAGUCUUGGAUUAGAAGAGGGUGGUCCUAGUGGGGUAACAGUUACUUUUCAGUCAGGUAAUCAAGAGUGGAAAACAUCCACCAGUAAGGGCGGAGAAUUCUUUUUAACUCCUAUUUUGCCAGGGAAAUAUACAAUUACAAUAUCACAUCCAAUAUGGACAGUAAUUAAAAACAGGAUUACAGUUGAAGUUAGUGAAGGAAACACAGAAAUCCCACGUAAUAGUCUGGUCAUUGGUGGCUACAAUGUUAAGGGCUUUAUUAAGAGUGAAGAGAUGCCUGUUAAAGGAAUAACAGUUGUUUUAUGCCAAGACGAAAAUAUUGAAAAUGUUAAAAAAAUAGUGUCAAACUGCAAUUUAACUGAAUUAAGAAAUUUAGACACUAAUUGUAAGUGUAAACAAUUAUGUCAUGUGGUGUCUAAUAAUGAAGGGGUUUUUACAUUUACAAGUGUUUCUCCAGGAAAAUAUUUUGUUGUUCCAUAUGAUGAAAGGCAGAAUAUUCAUUUCACUCCAGAUAAAGUUAAAUUUGCUGUUGAACAUGACAGUGUUGACUUAAAUAAAACCUUUGAGAUAAUUGGGUUUAGUGUAAGUGGAAAGAUUUUAGCAACUGAAAAUGGAAAAGCAAUUGAAGGAGCUAAAAUUUUUCUUAAUAAUAUUGAAAUUGGGAAAACUUCAAAAGAUGGAUUAUAUACAUUAGAAAAGAUUAAAGCAGAUACUUACACAUUAAAAGUUGUAGCAGAUGAUGUAAAAUUUGAUGAUCAAGUUAUCAAUAUAAGUCCAAAUACCUUAAAUUUGCCCGUUAUAACGCCAUCAGCAUAUCAAAUUUGUGGCACUGUUUUGAGUAAAAAUUCUCAAGUUGUGGAGAUUUUUGAUGCAAACAAAUCCAAGAUAUCUGCUAUAGAAAGUAAAACGGGUUCCGGAGAAUUUUGUGGAUACUUGCCACCUGGAAAAUAUCAGCUACAAAUCAGAGUUUCUGCUGUUGAAGAAAAUGCCGGAAUUCAGUUUUUUCCCUUAAUUCAUUCAAUUGAAGUAACAUCAAGUCCUUUAAGUGGCAUAACAUUUUCGCAAAUGAAAUCAGUAAUAUCUGGAAAAGUGAAGUGUAUUAUCCAAAAACAUUGUGAUUCACUUAAAGUUAUUUUGAAGCCUUUAAAAAAUAACGACGAAACAAAUUCAGAACUGAGUGUUAAUUUGAAAAAUUCUGUAUAUACAGUUUCUGAUGUAAGACCUGGAAAUUAUGCAGUUAGUUUAAGUGAAAAUAAAUUUUGUUGGAAUCACAAUAAAUACAUUAUUUCUGUAAGUACAGUUCAUGAAAUUGUACCUGAUUUCCGACAGCAGGGUUAUCAAGUUAUAUUUAUUUCUUCUCAUGACACUCAGUUGUAUUAUCGAGAUGUAGUGGGAAACAAUUCAAAAACUAUCGUUGAAAUUUCCAAAGGGAAAACAACUGUUUGUGUUACUCAAUUCGGAAAAUACGAAUUCGUUGUAGACGAUAGCUGCCAUAAGUAUAAUGAAGAAAAAUACACGUUUGAUGUUAAUAGCUCCACAAAUGAAAUUUAUCUUAACGCAAUAAAACAUAGAGUAAUUUUUGGAAUUGAAGCUGAUAAAAAUAUAGGGGAAAUAACUGUUAUAGUCAAUUUAGGCAGAACGAAAAUUGAAGAGAAACCAUUCGCUUACGAAAAUGGUCAAUAUCUCUUUGAAUUAUCAUUAGCCCCUUCAGAAACGGCAAUUUUACUGCCUCAAUCUGAGUCUUUCUUCUUUAGUCCUCCAAUUUUAUCCAUAAACGGUCAUGCAGACUGCACUGAUUUAGGAACUGUUUUUAAAGCAGUUAAAGGGAAGGUAUUUAAAGGAAAAAUAACACCCCCACUAACUGGUGUUUUGAUCACUAUAGAAACCGAAAAUUCCGAAUCGUUGAUCGAUGAAACCAAUGAAAACGGAGAAUAUAAAUUUCCGCCACUUAACGAUACAAAAAAGUAUAAAAUAACUGCAAAUAAAACGUCUUUUGUAUUUACCGGACCUGAUGAGCAUGGGAAUUUUGUAGCACAUAAAUUAGCAGAAGUAAUUGUCGAAGUUUUAGAUGCGUCAACGAAUUUACCGUUGCAGGGAACUCUACUCUCACUGUCAGGUGGUGACAGUUAUAGAAGCAAUCUUCAAACGGGGGAAGAUGGAAAAAUCAGAUUUACAUCUUUGAGUCCGUCUGAUUAUUUUUUAAGACCAAUGAUGAAAGAAUAUAACUUUGAACCAAGUUCGAAAAUAGUAACAGUUAAAGAAGGAGCAAGAAUAAAUAUUCAGUUGAAAGGAAAAAGAAUUGCAUUUAGUGUGUAUGGUCAAAUAUUGUCCCUCAAUGGAGAACCUGAAGAAGGUCUGAAUGUAAUAGGAACUGGUUUGAAUAACUGUUCUUCGAUCUUAGAAGAAGCAACGUCAGAAGGAAACGGUAAUUUUAGGAUACGAGGUCUUCAUUCUUAUUGUCCUUACUCAAUUCAAAUAAAACAAAUAUCGUCGGACAGUAAACAGCAAAUUGUUGAACAAGCUAUACCUGAUUUUUUAAAUAUAAAAAUGCAGAACAGCGACUUGUUUGGUCUGAAAUUUCUUGUGUUCCGUCCAGUGGUGAACACAUACAUUUUACUAAAAUUGUAUACGACCGAUAUAGAGAAUUAUAAAUCAUUACGAGUUAAACUGUUACGAGAAUCAACGCCGCCAGCAGUGGUUCAAACAGUAAAAGUUGAUGCUACAAAUACACUUAUAAAUAAUGACCAUAAUCCAGGGAUUCUUAUACAAGAUUUAUCCGCGCCGAGAGAUUAUAAAACAUAUUCAAUACAAAUAGAAAAUAUUCCAAACUCUGUUCUAAAAAGUAAAGCCCUCUCGUUUCAGUUCGUAUCAAACACACCAUUUGUUUAUGGAGAGAUCGAAUUCGAAAUUAAAAAAGCGAAUUUUGAGCAACAAAUUAAACAAACUUCCGUUUGGACGCUCUUACUUAUUUUCGGAAUGUUGUUUGUAUCGUAUAACAUUAAUCAUUUACUUGAGUUUUUCAAAUUAGAUUUGUUUAAAAAUGGGUUGUGGGAUUCGAUUCUUAAUAAAUAUAGAAAUCAGAUGCAGUCCGAUAGUAACGUAAUAGAUGAAAAUAAUGCCGAACAAUUUGUACAAAGUAUUAAUACAACUAAGAAGAAGACUAAGUCUAGAAAAAUUUAAUUUCUUUUUUGUCAAUUUAUUAUAUCUAAAUCAAUUUUUGUAAUGGUAGAUAUAAUAAGUGCCGACCAAGUAGUAAUUUAUAGGCAAUAAAUUAUAAACGUUAUUUAAAAUAAAAAUAAUAUGAAACAGAUAAA